GCGUGCACCGGCGGCAAACACAAACGACGAGCCCACCUCGGCCUCUCUUCUUCUCCAGCCGCACGUACGAAGUUGCCACACUGCCAGCAAGCUAGCGAGAGCGAGAGCGAGAGCGAGAGAGAGCUAUGGGGAGCGUGCCGGCGGAGGAGAUGGCCGUGGACUUCGGCGGCCUGGUAGGCGACCUGAGGGAGGUGUACGAGAGCGACAGGACCCGGGACCUGGAAUGGCGGGAGUCGCAGCUCAGGGGUCUCGUCAGGCUCCUGGAGGAAGAGGAGGAGGCCAUCUUCGACGUGCUCCGCGAGGACCUCGGCAAGCACCGCGGCGAGGCCUUCAGAGACGAGGUUGGGGUUCUGAAGAAGUCCGUCGUCGACAAGCUGCAAAACCUCAAGAACUGGGCGGCACCCGAGAAGGCUCACACGCCGCUGGUUGCCUUCCCGGCGACCGCGAUGGUGGUGCCGGAGCCGCUCGGGGUUGUGCUCAUCUUCUCCUGCUGGAAUCUCCCAAUAGGCCUGGCCCUGGAGCCGCUAUCCGGAGCCCUGGCGGCUGGCAACGCCGUGGUGGUGAAGCCGUCCGAGCUCGCGCCGUCCACCUCGGCGUUCCUGGCGGCCAACAUACCAAAGUACCUGGACGCCAAGGCCGUGAAGGUGGUUGAGGGCGGGGCGGAUGUCGGAGAGAAGCUCAUGGAGCACAGAUGGGACAAGGUCCUCUUCACCGGCAGCAGCCGUGUUGGGCGCCUUAUCAUGACGAAGGCCGCCAAGCACCUGACACCGGUGGCGCUGGAGCUCGGCUCCAAGUGCCCGUGCAUCAUCGACUGGCUCGAUAGCAACAGGGACAGCCAGGUAGCUGUGAACCGCAUAAUUGGGGCCAAAUGGUCCACCUGCUCCGGCCAAGCUUGCAUCGCCAUCGACUACGUGCUGGUCGAGGAGGAAUUCGCGCCGAUUCUGAUCGAAAUGCUCAAGUCCACACUGAAGAGGUUCUUCACCAAGACAGAGUACAUGGCGCGCAUCCUGAACGAGAAGCACUUCAAGAGGCUGAGCGGCCUCCUGGCGGAUCGCAGGGUGGCAGCCUCCGUCGUGCACGGCGGGCACUUCAACCCCAAGACGCUGAGCAUCGAACCCACGCUGCUGCUGAACCCUCCGCUCGACUCUGACAUCAUGACGGAGGAGAUAUUCGGCCCGCUGCUCCCCAUCAUCACGGUCAAGAAGAUCGAAGACAGCAUCACGUUCCUGAAAUCGAAGCCGAAGCCGCUGGCGAUCUAUGCCUUCACCAGGAACGAGGAGCUGAAGCGCCGGAUCAUCGACGAGACGUCUUCCGGGAGCGUCACAUUCAACGACGCCAUCGUGCAGUAUGGCCUGGACAGCAUCCCGUUCGGCGGCGUCGGGCACAGCGGGUUCGGGCAGUACCACGGCAAGUACUCGUUCGAGAUGUUCAGCCACAAGAAGGCGGUGCUCAAGAGGAGCUUCCUCAUUGAGUUCAUGUUCCGAUACCCACCCUGGGACGAGAGCAAGAUCGGCUUCCUCAGGCGCGUCUACCGUUUCGACUACAUCUCGCUCUUCUUCGCACUGAUCGGCCUGAGGAGGUGAGGCAGCCGGCGCUCGCCAGCCAGCCAGCCUGAGGAAGAAGAGGCCGGCAGUGAGUCAAUAACCGAGCAAACAGAAUUUGCUCCUACCAUUGCUGAUGGUCAAGUGCGAGCAACGGUUAUGGAUCCGUUUAUAACUUUAUACUGGUUUAUUUAAUUAUAUUGCGUAAAGAAUUUGCCCCUGCUACCUGUGUACACCAAAGCCUCUAUAUUGUCAGCUUAUAUGUGCCCGUCGUUUAUUGCACCAACAGAUUUCAUAAUGUAAUAUAAUUUCAGCUUGUGCUUUUCUCAUUGACA